AAAUUCUCCUCUCAUUUGUUUUUGUUUUUCUGUUCUUCCCCACAUUAAAAGCCUGCCUUCUUCUUCUUCGAUUAAUAUUUCUCUUCUCUAAUCCACCUAUAGCUCCUUCAAGUUUUUGAAAAACGCAAUAUAUUAAAAAAAGGAUAACUAAAAACACCUUUUUGAGGUUUUGCGAUGGCAUCGAAGCGGAUCUUGAAGGAAUUGAAGGAUUUGCAGAAGGACCCUCCUACAUCAUGCAGUGCUGGUCCUGUUGCUGAAGACAUGUUUCAUUGGCAGGCAACAAUCAUGGGUCCACCAGACAGUCCAUAUUCUGGGGGUGUUUUCCUAGUGACUAUUCAUUUUCCUCCAGAUUAUCCCUUUAAGCCUCCCAAGGUGGCAUUUAGGACAAAGGUAUUCCACCCCAAUAUUAACAGCAACGGAAGCAUUUGCCUAGACAUCUUGAAGGAGCAAUGGAGUCCUGCACUAACAAUUUCCAAGGUAUUGCUAUCAAUCUGCUCUUUGCUUACGGACCCAAAUCCCGAUGAUCCAUUGGUGCCGGAGAUUGCUCACAUGUACAAGACCGACAAAAGCAAGUACGAGACAACUGCAAGGAGCUGGACCCAGAAGUAUGCUAUGGGCUGAAACAAGCUCACCGUACGUGGGCUUAGGCCCUAUGUUUUUCUUAUAUAGUAUAUAUAUUUAUUUUGGUUUAUCAGUUCUAUCUGGAAAAAAAAAUCUGUUUUGUCACUUCAAUUUCUAAGGCUAAAAAUUGGACUAAGCUUGUCCAUAAAGCGGCCUUAGUUAAAGAAGAAAACGCAAAAAAGCUGCUUUUGCUAUUGUUGUAUGGAUAAUGCAACCUUGGAACGAAGAAGCUUGUUGUGCCCCUGAAUCUGAAAAUGUCCAUUGUUCUCCCAUAAAAUCGACAUUCAAAACCCUAAUAUUGGCAUUUACAAUACAAUUAAAUAAUGUUAUACCAA